GCGCCUGCCUGUCUGUCUUCACUCGUAUAAGACGUUGAGCCGGCACCGUGUGGCUACCACUGCAAUGCGCCAUGACAGUCGCGUGUUCAUUGCUGCCUGUCAUCUCCACCCCCCACAACCCCUCCUAUCAAUGCGCUUAUCGAUAAUAUGAGCGCGUCGAAAGAGACCGAGCGCCCUCGCGAUGCUCAAUACAGCGUUACUGACUCCUCAUCCGCUUCGAGAGAGCCUCGUGUGAUAGAAGUGCAUGACACUAAUCGGAUACUGGAGUGCUCGCAGAUAGAGAAGCAGCAGCGCUUCCAACAUCUUGUUCGGCAGUACCUUUCCCAGAUAUUGCACGGCUGUACGAGCGCCCAUUGUGAUACACCCACGUGCCUCUCAUCCCACCAACGCAAUGCUUCCAAGCCCUAUCGGCCCCCCACGCAUCUCACGGCCACCAGCCUUGCCCACUAUCUCGCUAGUCAAGACAACCCGAACCGCGGCCUCUGCCUUAACGAGUUGAAAGUUGCACCGGCUUCGUUCGAGAUUAGCGCCUCACUCGCUCAAGACCCAAAUGAUGGCAUAGGCGAAGACUAUGCGGUAUAUCCUUCAGUUUGGCAGCUGGCACAGCAGUAUGGGCAUGCACAUGCAGGGAGCGGCAAGAGCGGUGGGGCUUCUGGCCAGGAGAAUGACUCCAAUGUCGACAUAACAGACGCUAUCAAAGAGCGACAACAGCCUAGAAAAGAUACAAAGGCCCUCGGCCAAAACCUGUAUGACAGCUUUACCGUCAUCUACAACUAUACUAAACAAAUUCCUACCCCAGCCUCUGUCCUUGCUUCGCUUCGCACAAAUCAUGAUGCUGUUGGCCCUGACACCAGUCCAACUGAACGCUCUGCGGUCCCAGCUACGCGGACGGUUGCCGAAACUAUCACAAACGGAGCCUCAGACGCAGCACGUGACCGCAAACUCACCCGCCGUCAUUCACAGUCAAAAUACACUGCUUAUGAGGAUUCACGUACCGGAAACUCUGCUGUCGAAACUCUCGGCAGUGGUCAACAAGUCCACAAGAUCCCCUACCAUCCACCUAGAAGUGGACAGCGUUCUCUGACUACGGACACUGGUACACCGGACGACGAUUCAACCUCAGCAAUGUUGUCCAUUUCAAAGACUGGAAAGAAGAGCUUCACCAUCGGGGGAACAAGCCCCUGCGUCAACAAGACUCCGAAGCCUUCGGUUGCGGCUGGACAUGAUAGCACCCAAGUCCCAGAAACACUAGGUGUGCCUGUCAUUACCAAUCUCAAUUGCGAUAUCCUAGAUCAGUUCAAGGAACUAGUGUGCCGGAGAACAGACUGGUCUCGACACUCCGACUAUGUUGUGGACUACGAUAGCCGUCGUCGGACUCGACGCACGAAGCCUAUGGUCAAUAGAUCGUUGUUCUACACGCUGAGUGAUGCUGAAACACUGCUUGCAUCUUUCCAUGAGACCGAUCAAGCGUUCAAGGAUUCACCACUUCCACAUCUCGACUCUAGCCAUCUCGCCAACUCAUUCCAAGACUGGAACCGCCUCAAUGGUGCACUCAUGUUCGACGCCCUUUGCCUCGCACUGGAAGCCCUACUUACCUCGCCACCCGAACUUGCAGUUCAUAAGAGUCCUCGUUUGCGGCCGUCUAGGAAAGGUGCUUCCGCAGACAGCUCGUUGGAACAAUCACCUGGCAGCCAGAAGAAAACGACUGCAACAAAGCGUUAUCUCAGCACCCACGAAGCUGCUCACAUCGUCAUGAUAUGCAUCCACGCACUUACUUCGCUGGUUCCUAUAGGCUGGCCAAAUACCUGGGCACAGAUACGGAAGUUUCGAUCAUGGGGCAUCUUCGUACCCAGUGGGGCUCUGGAUAGUGAUGCUUUCACUGAUCCAUAUAUGGAAAUCACCGAUGAGCUGGAGUACGAGCCCGCCCUUCGUCUUACGGAGCGGUUGCUUCGAGCUAUUGGAACACGAACCUGUUAUGAACAUAUACUUUCAACCUUGAAGGAUGAAGACCUUUAUCAUGGUGAAGAAGAGCCGGCAAAUUCCGACGAGACGCUGAUAGAUGUUGUUGUACAUCACCUCAUUGUAGUCGAACGUGUGGCACUGGCAAAAAAGCAGAAGAUGACCUCCAACCUUGAUCCAAGCGCAGACCCCGGCUGGACCGUGACGGCGACGUUCAUGGAGUGGUUGAGAACUGUCAUUAUUAAGAGAUGGGAUACUAAAGCUGAGAUCAACAAGUGGGGUACCGUUGGGACUGCUGUCAUGACUCUCGCCGAAUUUCACUCCAAAUAUGCAUCUUUGAACUUGUUGCCGAAAAUGUUCGAAAUGCGAAUCUUCAACGAACGUCUUGACACAGUGACCGAGCCCGUCAAGUUCCUUUCCUGGAAGAAUCAGCCAAACAAACUGCAUCUCUUGCAAUAUCCAUUCUUUUUCCUCCCGCGGCAACUCGUCGGAUACUUUCGCAUUAUCAAUUUCACCGAGAUGAUGAAGCAUUACGAUCAUACGUUACAUACGACUCAUAUGCGAAGGUCACUGGGAUUAUUUCACGGCCAAUUCCAUGUCGAUGUCCUAGCAGAUCGGCUAAAUGUCACGCUCAGCGAGCAACUCAUCUUGGAUGUGAGUCGAGAAAAUCCUCUCAAGGAUACGCUCGAUCAAUUAUGGGGCCAGGACAAAAGGAUGCUUCUCAAGCCACUAAAGGUAAGGAUGGGCCGGGAAGAAGGAGAAGUUGGGCAGGAUCAUGGGGGCGUAACAUAUGAGUUCUUCCGCGUGGUUCUCGGUGAAGCGUUCCAGCCUGAGAAUGGCAUGUUCACGAUUGACCCUGAAACGCGGAUGAUGUGGUUCCAACCCUACAGUCUCGAACCAUGCUGGAAGUUCGAAAUGCUCGGCAUACUCUUCAGCCUCGCUGUCUACAACGGAAUCACACUCCCAGUGACUUUCCCACUGGCAUUCUACAACUACCUCUGGACAAACGGCUAUACCGUCUCCAAUCCCAUGACCCUCACCGAACGGAUAUCUUUCAUCUCAGACGGGUGGCCCACGCUAGCCAAAGGCUUUGAGCAACUCCUCACCUGGCCCGACCCCAACGUCGAAGACAUCUUCUCCCUCGACUCCGUCUUCCCCUACCAAGUCUACGGCCAACGCUACGCCCACAACCUCGCCCACUUCUUCACCCACUCCGCAACCCCUCCCCCCGAAGACAACUUACCCAACCUAGACGCCGCCCCAGUAACAAACGAAAACCGCGAGGAAUACAUCGACAACUAUAUCACAACUCUAACCCAUGCAUCCAUCUCCCCCCAACUCUCAGCUUUCAACAAAGGUUUCAGAACUUGCAUCUCACCACCCAGCCUCUCCCUCUUCACCCCCACAUCCCUCCGCAAUCUCAUAGAGGGAAACACACACAUCUCCCUCACAGACCUCAAGCGCUGCGUCCGCUACGAAGACGGUUAUACGCCUACACACAGUACUAUCCGCAUGUUCUGGGAUAUCGUCGAGCGCUACGAUCAAGAUGAUGCGCGUCGCUUGCUCGAGUUUGUCACCGCGUCGGAUCGUGUUCCUGUGACUGGGUACGAGAGUAUUACGUUUGCGAUUCAUAAGAUUGGGGGUGCGCCGCGUUCGCUGCCGAGUAGCUCGACGUGUUUUGGGAAGUUGUAUUUGCCCGAGUAUGAGAGUAGGGAGGGGAUGGAGGGGAAGUUGGGGUUAGCGAUACGGAAUUCGAGGGGGUUUGGGGUGGUGUAG